GCCGCCGAUGUGUAUGGAUGUAUUUCGCUCGUUCCAUAAGCUUUUCGAGUUCGAGCUUUUUAUAACCAAUUUGUAUUGAAGUGUUAUCCUCGUUCGGUGCGCUGCAUUGUCCCGCGAAUACAAUAAAUAGGUGUUUGUGGUCAGUGUUUCCGAAUUAUUUUUCGGCUGUGUCUAUUGUUCGACGGUUAAACGUUAACGGUUUUUAAGUGUGCAUAUCAUCGUGGUUCUUUUUCUAAACUUUCGUGGUCGUGUUUAUAUUUCAACAUCGGAUAUUUCAAUGGAAUGAGUCAAACUGUUUAGGAUCUAAAUAAAUAACAGGAGCAGCUUGGCGCGGCGUAGCGGGCGGGCCGCGCCAUGGGUAACAAGUGCUGCAGCCGCCGCCAUGACCCAGACAGACCACUAGUGUACCCGGCGUACAAGAAAAAUGAGCCGGGCUUCACUACCUGCCCCUCGCUGGAGAAUCGCUACACCGGAGAGCCCAACAACCGCGUCGUGUCGCGCCGCCCCGCAGACAUCGUUCGCACACGCAACCCCGGCACAUGUAUAUCAAACGGCGGUAGACGUGUAGUGAAAGCAUUAUGCGCGUACACGGCGCGCGCGGAGUCCGAUAUAUCGUUCCGAAAGGGCGACCGGAUGGAGGUGCUGAGCGAUGCCGAGCCCGACUGGUGGCGCGUGCUGCACCUCACCACACGCCGCGAGGGUCUCGUGCCAGCUAACUUCGUCGCCGAAGAAAGCUCCGUAGAAUGCGAAGAUUGGUUCUUCCCGCACGUAUCACGGAAGGAAGCCGACAAGUUACUCUUAGCGGAGACGAAUCCCAGAGGAACAUUCUUAGUGAGACCAGCGGAGCACAAUCCACAUGGCUUCAGUCUCAGUGUCAAAGACUGGGAGGAGGGGAGAGGCUACCAUGUCAAACACUACAAGAUCAAACCUCUUGACAACGGAGGAUUCUACAUCGCCACCAAUCAAACAUUUCCCAGUCUUCCCGCGCUCGUAAUGUCAUACACAAAGAACGCGCUAGGGCUGUGCCACGUGCUCGCGCGGCCGUGCCCCAAGCCGGAGCCGCAGAUGUGGGACCUCGGGCCCGAGCUGCGCGACAAGUGGGAGAUCCCGCGCAGUCAGAUACAACUCAUCAAGAAGCUCGGCCAGGGGAACUUCGGGGAGGUCUACUACGGCAAGUGGUCCAAUAACAUUGAGGUCGCUGUUAAGACGCUAAGGGAAGGCACGAUGUCGACUCAGGCGUUCCUCCAAGAAGCGGCCAUCAUGAAGAAGUUCCGCCACAAGCGGCUGGUGGCGCUGUACGCCGUGUGCUCGCAGCAGGAGCCCGUCUACAUCGUGCAGGAGUACAUGUGCAAGGGCUCGCUGCUCGAGUUCCUCAGGAACGGCGACGGGAAGACCCUUCAAUUCGAGGACCUGGUGUACAUCGCCGCACAAGUCGCCUCCGGCAUGGCCUACCUCGAGUCCAAACUCCUAAUACACAGAGAUCUCGCCGCCAGGAACGUGCUAAUAGGAGAAAACAACGUCGCCAAAAUAUGCGACUUCGGUCUGGCGAGGGUGAUAGAAGAUAACGAAUACUGCCCCAAGCAAGGCUCCAGGUUCCCCGUCAAGUGGACCGCACCCGAAGCGAUCAUAUACGGUAGAUUCUCCAUCAAGAGCGACGUCUGGUCGUAUGGUAUCCUUCUAAUGGAACUGUUCACGUACGGGCAGAUACCGUACCCUGGGCUCCACGGGAAGGAGGUGAUAGAGCAGGUGGAGAGAGGGUACCGGAUGCCGAAGCCGGUGGGGCACUACCUGCCGGACGCUAUCUACGGGCUGAUGCUGCAGUGCUGGGACGCGAUCCCGGAGAAGCGGCCGACAUUCGAGUUCCUCAACCAUUACUUCGAGUCGUUCACAGUGACCAGUGAGACGCCGUACAGAGAAGUGCAAGACUAGUGCUGUGAUAUAGUGAAUUAAAUGUUGGACUUUUCACAAGUAUCGAGGUGAUUGUGCGCUUGCUGACGCUCCGCCUCCCUCGUGCCUCGUGCCUCGUGCCUCGUGCAGCCGGAGUGUGACAGACCUUUUGUGUAACUUGUAACGGACUGAGGGAAUUAUGAUGGAUGUGAGAUGCUAAUUUAAAAAAUUGCCACAUUUUUCUAAGCAUUUGUGAUUGUUAUGAAUCAUACUAUAGUAUUCUAAAAGAGUUUUAUACAUUUCUAAUUCAGACUGGGGUUUUUGACAAAAAUUAGAUCCGACAAUUAAAGUGAGUUUUGUAAAUUGCACACUCCAUUGUAAUUCCUUUUGUUUGGUAUUUUUAUACUCGAAUCUUUGACUUAACAAUACAGGAAUGUGGGAGCUUGUCAUUUUUUAUUAUCACGCCUUUUCUUUAGUUUGUGAUCGGCAGAUAUAUGAAGGGGCUUAAUGCUCCCGAGCGGUGAAAAGCACACGAGAAAAACACGGAUAAUUUGUUGUUAAGGAGAAUCAUAGUCUUGUGAAAACACUUUCUAUUUUCUUAUUUAUUAGCGGUAGCUUAAGCACGGUUUAGGAUAUUGUUUUGCGUAAUGUACAAAACUGAACUGUAACGAAUAAGCAAUAAGGUAUAAAAUGAGAUUGCGAUAUUUUCAUAUUCUAAAGUGAAAUGUGAUAUUUUUUCGUAUCACUUAAGUCCUUAAAGAUCGAUCUCAGUCCCAUACUCGAUGUUAUCACAGAGUAUAGAAACGUUUUACUACUCAUAUGACGUUAUUCCAUUUGUAUAAAGAAUAUCAUAGUUUUAACAUUCCUACAAAUGUAUGAAAAUGUCUAUUCUUUGCAAAACAAAUUAUUUGACAGCCUUUAACUAAAGGCUUUUUUAACUCCAAAGUCCCUUAUGUUAAAAAUUAAUCACAAUUUGUUUAAUGUAUAUUGAGUGUGUUUAUUUUAGAAAAAUCAUUUGACUAUAAGAUACUUUUUGUAAUCAGAAUAUUAUUUUAUUUUUAAUUAUGAAUCAUUAUUUAUAUUUCGUAUUUAGAGAGUUGUAUAAAUAAUUGUGUAUUAAGACUGACAUUAUUCAUUGGUCAUUUUAUUUUCAACCCUAUGUUUAACUGCAUAAAGUCUCUGUUCACCCGCUCACACCGAAGGCUCCUUUGCUUCUAAGAUCACUUCAGUAAACCCGUGCCUCAAUUACUUAUUUCGUUAGUUAAUUUCACUGCAAAGGGGCCAAAUACCGAAAUAUAUAAAGACUAGAUUUAGGACCAUAUACCAAAGAGUUUUUAUAUUAAGAGCGAUUUUAGAGGCGAAAUAUUUAAGUUCUAGAAUAAGACCUUAUGAUCCUCACCAGUUGACCAAUAAUCUCAAUUUUGACAUUUAUACAAGUAUUGCCAACAAAUGUAUUUAAAUAGUAUUGCUUCUAAUGAAGCAAUCGGAUUUUAACUAAAAAAAACUCGUAAAUAAAAAAGGCUUAUCAAAAUAAUCAUGUAACAUUCUGAUCAGGAGAUUUAAAUAUACUCGGGCAAACAUUUAGACGGAAAUACACAUGCCAGUAACUGGCAUGGCAAUUACUGGCACAAUUUGUUUGUCAAGAUUCGUACCUCUCAAAAUUAUUGUGCUACUGAAAAUCCAGUAGCUGGAUCCGGCUUGCAUGUGUAUCGCAUUUUGGAGAUUACAAUGACUGAUGGAUAGUUUAUACCAAUAACAUAAUCUCUGUUACUUUUGCUCCUUCCAAAAGUUUAUCACUAAUGCUUUAGUAACUGCGACCAAAUACUGAAACUAAAAUACUUCGUUCGUAAUCAAUCUGAUUAACGUCAUAAUAUGUAAGGAAUUUGUAGUGAAGCGUGGCCUUAUCAUUUACGCUGUUAGAUAUUCAAAUGUCGUUUCAGUAUUCGGCCGUUUCAUUUCCCAUUGUCCUAGAUUUGUAUAAAUCAUUGAAUAGUGUCUUAACAUUCCAGAUAUUCGAAACACAUUAAAUUUGGACACUUUUGUAUGAAAACGAUUAGGUUUGUAAGAUUUUGUACAUACAAUGAAAUAAA